GCACUAAAGAGAAUACAGCUGGCAGAGAAGCAGCAUAGAAGUAUCUUAAUUGAGUCGUUGACAGUCAGUCUCCCUUUUUUCUUCAAAAUUCGAUUACAGUAUAGGAUUAGGACGUCAAUGUCUCACCGCAAUCAUACAUUUCCAAACACACCUAUUUCUCUUCCGCUGCUCCCCGACACCUCGCCUUAUCCAACUGUAUCAUAUUCUUUUUUUUCCCGGUGAUUGGUGAAUUAGGAUAUUUGUCUUCAUCGGAAUCGUAGAUUGAUGUUUCUGUUAGGAUACUGUUUCAGGGAUCGUCAAGCCGUAGUCGUUUGAUAGUAGUUAGAUUAACUUUACUGGUUCGGAACCAGGUACGAUUAGUCGGGAACGGAAUCUGAGAGAGAUUAGGGAGAUGGGGGUUUCAGAUAAUACGAGGGGGCUGAUACUGGCAGUGUUGUCGAGUUUGUUUGUAGGGAUGAGCUUCAUCUUGAAGAAGAAAGGGCUGCGGCGAGCCGCUGCAGCUGGCACACGCGCAGGAGGUGGAGGCUACACUUACUUAUUAGAACCUCUUUGGUGGGUGGGCAUGAUCACAAUGAUUGUUGGAGAGGUUGCGAAUUUUGUUGCUUAUAUUUAUGCUCCAGCUGUUCUUGUGACCCCCCUUGGUGCAUUAAGUAUCAUUGUUAGUGCUGUUCUGGCACACUUUAUGUUGAAGGAACGUUUGCGACAAAUGGGGAUACUGGGAUGCGUUUCUUGUAUUGUAGGGUCUGUCGUGAUUGUUCUUCAUGCGCCAGAAGAGCAUACUCCUAGUUCAGUUGAAGAAGUCUGGAAGCUGGCCACCGAACCAGCAUUUCUUAUAUAUGUAGCAGCUACAUUAUCCAUCGCGCUAGUGUUGAUACUGCAUUUCGAGCCUCUCUAUGGGCAGACAAAUAUCUUAGUUUACUUGGGGAUUUGUUCUUUGAUGGGAGCGCUUACGGUUGUCAGCAUAAAGGCGAUCGGGAUUGCCAUUAAGCUAACCUUGGAGGGGAUCAAUCAGUUCAAAUAUGCAGAGACUUGGUUCUUCCUUUCAGUUGCAGUAGUCUUUGUGAUCACACAGUUGAAUUAUUUGAACAAGGCACUUGAUACUUUCAAUACAGCAAUUGUUUCUCCUAUAUAUUACGUUAUGUUCACCACUCUGACUAUUAUUGCAAGUGCUAUAAUGUUUAAGGACUGGUCGGGUCAAGACGCGAGCAGCAUUACCUCUGAGAUAUGUGGAUUCGUCACUGUUCUCACUGGUACCAUCAUACUUCACAUGACACGAGAAGAGGAACAACCAAGCGCUACAGGAACUGUAAGUUGGUUUGAUGGAGAUCGGUCGAAAGGUCGAGAAGAGACUCAUUUCAUUACAUUGGAUAAUUCUGAUUACUUUGAUUGAUCAUUACUUUCAGAGAAAUUAUAUAUCAUUGCAAUGAAUCCAUAUCAGCACUUGAACGCCCCCCAUUUCUGUUUAAUGCGUUUGGAGGUUCGACUGCAAUGGAUUGCGGCAUUGCAUCUAACAGGGCUGGGAUUCUGUACAUAUCUUCAUAUUUUCUGGUAAAAGGUUUGUGUCUUCAUUGGUUUGGUUUCUUCAUUCGAGGUUGUAGUUUCUUCUAUUUUUUGAUAUAUGCGGCUUCUUCAGUUUUAGGAUUACUGAAUGAGACCUACAUUCAUCAAUUUAUGUUUCCCCUCAAAUAUAUGUAUUCAUCUAAUAUACAUAUAAAAAAAGUCAAUUCAAAUCAAUAUAUAAUUAUGGAGAUAUAUAUUUUACUAUCUUAACUACUCGCUCGGACCAUGAAAAAUUGAGCACUUUCUCUUUUAAUAUUUGAGUCCAUAUUUUUUCUUUAUUUUUUAUCCUUAUAAAUAUCUUUUAUUUACAAAUAAACAAUCUUUAGUUCAAUCUCAAUCGCUCAUUUUGUAAAAUGAUAAGAUCAUUUCUCCAUUAUAUUAAAAUCACUAUCCAUUUGACUAAAAUGUGAUCCAUCCAUGAUGGAUGGAGGGAGUAUUAAUCUUUCACAAUUAUGUCCCGAUCUAAAAUAAAUACUCAACUAUUGAAAUUUUUACAAUUGUCUUUCGAACCUAAAUUUUCAGUGAUGUCAUGCAGCAUGCCGGAAUUUGAGGUGGAUAAAAAUGUUUUUUUUUUUUUUGAGUUGUGUGAUGCAGAUUGGUUUGUGCCUAGUCGAGACUUGUGGUAAAGUGACAACUUUUUAACAAACUAUAUGUACCUCCAUAUAUGAAUACUCCAAUACUAUAUUGUUUCGAUUGUUCCUGUAUUGAUUAUUUUCUAUCAUCACUAUAUACAAUUUGUUUAUCGUGUACGAGCUAAUGAAAAAUGUUUGGGGAAAA